ACUGCAUUCACCUUUGGCUCAGUGGCCACCUACUCCUGCUCAGCUGGCUGUCAGCCAGUGGGGCCAUCCACCAGACUCUGUGAGGCUGACGGGACCUGGUCUGGACUACCACCACUGUGCCCAGUUAUAAACUGUGGGACUCUGAGUAACCCAGCCAAUGGAGUGGUCCAGUUCCUCAGCAGCAGUACUGCAGGUGGAGAGGUGGUCUAUGUGUGUGACAGUGGUUAUGAGGUGGUGGGGGAC